AUGUCGUCCCCAGCAUCAUCGCACAAUGAGGCAAAACCGCUGAUGCCAACCUCCAAGCAGCAGAAGCUUAAGUACGCCUGUGACGCAUGCGCUAGACGCAAGAUCUCAUGUCCUAAGCAACAACCAGAAUGUGAGCGUUGUGUCAGCCGAGGACGUCGUUGCACAUACAGCCCGGCCUGCCGUCACGGAAAGCGGAAGGCCACUGCUCGGGACCCUACCACCAAGACGCUCUCAUCACCUUCUGAGUGUCGCUCGGAGCCAACUCCCAGCCCGCUCGCGUCCCCGGAAAAUGAAGAUCCUUUCACAACGGGUACAAUGAAUCACAGCCCUACCACUUUUGGAGGCGUGCCUCCGGAACUCAUCACAGACAACAUGUCUGCCCGUCCAUGGAGUAUGACCAGUGACCUUUCUUUCACGGCGAGUCGUCUGCAAGAAGCUCUGGGUCAGUCAACCGACCCAACAGUGACCAUUGUGGAGCCUAGUGAGACACUACUCAACCCGAACUAUCCAUACCAAGAAUUGUCAAUGUUCCACGGCUACUCAGAAGCCAACUCCUUCCCUUCAUACGUGCCUGCCUUUACCUGGCCAUUACAACAAACUCCACCCCCCUGGACAUCAGCAUCAAGCAACACGCGUGGUUCUUCGUCAUCGUCAUCAGAGUCCAGUUCAUGGUCGGCUCCAGCAUCGGCCUGCUCCUCGUCUUCUCUGACAGCAGAUAUUGAGGCCGCCUUACUCGUCGAUCAAGCGCUCCCACAACUUCACACGCGCCAAGAAAGCUGCUUUACACGUACAUACAGCCUCUUGCAGACUCUCAGACGACCAUCCGGGAAGGUCUGCGUAUUCGAGUCGGCUGAUAUGCCAUCUCCAUCUUUCCGACCAAAUACCGUGUCAGACAGCGUGGAUAGGAUCCUUCUCAAGACAGAUAAAGCAAUCGAGCACGUCACUUCCGUCAUGAAAUGCGAAUGCCACACCACAUCGAGUGUGCGUUGCGCGCUCACGUUGGCUCUGUUCGAAGUUAUAUCAUGGUACGAGACCAUAGUCCGCGCGCUCAAUUUACCGCGAGCCGAGAAAGCCACUGAAGAGCGGAGCCCCUCGGUCAGCACCGAUGAGGACUAUGACAGCAGGUGUACCACUUCACCGGAAGAGCAAGACGAAUGGGACGACUCGGAGUACUCCGAAACGGUGUCUAUCCCUACCGUCUCGAUUGGUGACAUGCGACUCCCCGGUGCAGAUGCGAGGAGUAUCCUAGGCUCCCUUGUGCGGGCGCGGAUCGGCAAAGUCCGUGGAAUGGUUCAGGCCAUGAGCGCUGACUGCAGUCGUUCUCUUUUGGAUGUGGCGAAGAUGGACACAGUGAUGGCUGCAUGUGUUCGAAGUGCCCAGUGGAAAGAUGAUGCGACUACGUUGUCAUAG